UAAAUAUUCAUCACACAUCUACAACUUUUCAUCAAAAUUGUUAGGUUCUUGUACAUAUCUCCAAGAAUAUAUGGUUUGAGCCUAUUUCAUGAAUCCCCACUUCAUUUCAAGCAUUUGGGCGGGCCCAUGAAGCAUAAUGGCUUUACGGGCCUGGCAUGGUGAGAGCCCCACCAGCAGCCAAACUAAUCUACAAGACUUGUAAAGAAGGAGCUGAUCAUCACCCUCCAUCGUCUCCAGCCCGAUGAAGAACCAACAUAGUGCUCAGUAUGGGAUGAUGGAUGUACACAUAAGUUAGAUGCCUAACAAACAUAGUUAUCAACCAAACAAGUUUAAAAUUUCAGAAAAUUGUGGGUAGGCAAAUCACAUAUAAUUUGCACCCGGCUGGCCAAAGAUGGCAAUGGGUACCAACGAGAACAAAAGACCUUUAUUGGGAUCAGUUCCAGAGGUUAGUUACUUGGGAUAGUGAGCAGUUCAGUGAUGAACAAAUAAAAGCCGGUUAUCUAAAGUAUUUGAAAAAACAAGCCUACUCCAAAAUCAUGACUCGAUUAAGGAAAACUCGACAUCCAACUGUGAAUGAUUUCACUUGGUCUGUUGUUGAAGAAUUUAAGAAGUCUAUACAGUUUGUCAAGGCAUCAAAGUCUGGUAAAAAAAAUCGCAUUGCAGGUGGAGAUAGGUGUAAGCAAUACGGAGGGUCUCAAUCCGCUAUUGAUUUAGCUACACAAGAGUUGAGAGCCACUGGCAAACACAUAAACCCUGUGAAGAUGUAUGGUAUUUAUCAUCCAGAGAAAAGGAAGAAUGGAGAGCUUAUUACUUGUCCCUCACAAAAUGUGGUGAAGGAUGCUUUGAGUAAAUUGUAUAAUGCUUGUCAAGAUGAUUUCCAACAACAGUCUCAGCCUUCAAGUCAAGAAGAAAGUUCAACAACACCCAAGAUCUCAUCAACUAAAUUGUCUUCCAAAUACUUGGAAGUUGUUGGGUGCAAAAAGAUGAGAGUUGGUGGACUUGGCAGCUAUUCAGAAGCUUUCCUUCAUCAUGUAAAUGAGUCAAGUACAGAACGUUUGUCUUCAAGAGCUCGCAGGAUGCGUGAAUUUUGUGUUUAUUGGGAUGCACGCAUGAGGGAGGUGUUAAUUUCAGAGGGUGAUGAAGCCCCCCAGUUAUGCCAAUUGUAGAUGAUCUUGUUCAAGACGAGGAGCCCGAUUCACAGUCUAAGAACUUUGAACAAACAUGGCUUCCAUUUUUAAAAUCAAUAGGGAUUGAUGCGCCCACUUUCUUUGCAACAUCGGAAUCCUCUAGAGACUCGGGAGACAGUCUUGAUGAAUCAUGUUCUCAUUAGUUUGUCAUUAGAUUCGUGUUAAGUUUAAUUUUACUAUCUCGUUUCUAUUUCAAGUUGUUAAAUUUCACUAUGAAUUGAUUAAUGAUGAAUGUUUUUAUUUCUUAGCAAGUUUUGGACCAAAGUAUGUAAUAAUAUGUGUUGAAUAUGGUUGCUAUG